AUGUCUGCGCACACCUACUCGUAUACCCCGCGCGUCCUGGGCUGGGAGCCCGACGAUGAUACCGUCGACGAAGUCGUCGUCUUCCCCCUCAGCCCCGACCAAUACCUCGACACCCACUCCGACGCCUCCUCAGCCUCCCCCGCGCCCUCCCCCUCGCCCCGCCCGCGCAUCCCGCGCCCGCGCAACGAGUUCAUCAUCUUCCGCUGCGAAUACGCCCGGGCGCACGCCGCGCACGGCGCCGCGCCCAUCACCACAAAGUCGCUCUCCCUGCGCGCCGCCGAGGCGUGGCGCCGCCUCCCGCCGCCGCGCCGCGCGCACUACCGCGCGCUCGCCGCCCGCGAGAAGGAGGAGCACGAGCGCAAGUACCCCGACUACCGCUACCGCCCCGACCGCAAGCGCCAGGCGGCGCGGGGCGUCGUGCAGCUCGUGGCGAGGAGGAGGAGGAGUGGCAGCACGAGCAGCGCCGCGAGCGUCACGGAGGCGUCGUCGCCCGAGCCCGCGACGCCCACGCCGGCGAGCUCGCCCGAGCUGCGGCACCCGCCGCAGUCGCCCGUCAUCGUGCCGUCGCAGUCGUACCCGCAGGCGUAUUUCCAGCCGCAGGCGACCCUCGCGGGGUAUCCUGCCACGCAGGGGUACUCGUACCCGGCCAUAGCCGCUUCUCCUAGCGAUGACGCCUGGCAUCUCCCGCACGAACAGUACGAGCCGGCGAAGCAGUACAACCAUCCCCAAGACGCUGCGUCGUACCAACCAUACAUGGACUUCGGCAACCCCGCGGACACAGCGACACACGCACCAGACGUCCCGACGGCCCCCAGCCUGCUCCCCGCCGCGGCGGACUCGCACGAGCUCUUCUCCGCGCUCGUCCACACCGGCGGACACGAGCAGUGGGAGCAAAGCCUGUUCGACACGUACAUCCAGGCCUCGUACGGGGAGUCGCCCGAGGAGGAGUUCGCGCGCCUCGCGCGGCCGCUGCGGCACAGGUCGUCCAUGAUCUGGGUCGAGCCCGGGCCGGACUUUGCGAGCAACGCGGCCACCAGCGCAGGGAUCGACGAGCUGGGGUUCCGCGCGGCGCAGCUGCCUAUGGCGUGA